ACAAGUAUUGGCGCUGAUUGAAGAUAAAAAUAAACAAAUGAUUCUUGCCUCAAUUUGCAAUGCACAAUAUGGCUAUAGGAGCAAGAAUAAUUGUAAUAAUUGAUAACAAGGAUUUUUCAAGAUAUGUAUAUAACAGCGUAAUAUAGCGAAGUUUAUCUGCGAAAUCAAUUAUUUCCUUUUAUAACGUCAAUUUCAUAUGCGGGCAAGUCUUCGGUCGAGAAUGGAGCAUGUGGGAUAAUAAAAUAGAUAAAUUAAUAUCGAUUACUACUUUUUAUCCCACGGUAAACACACAAUGAUUUCAUUCGGAAAAUAUACGUUCUUGUUACCAAUUCUCUUGUGCAUUUGCGCAGCGAACAAUGUUGAUUGUUAUACUCCAGUUGUUUUAUGGCAUGGAAUGGGCGAUAGCUGUUGCUUUUCAUUCAGUUUAGGAUCGAUAAAGAAACUAAUUGAAGAUACAUUACCUAACGUUUAUGUUUAUUCCAUUCGUAUAGGGAAUAAUGUUAUGGAGGAUGUGGAGCACAGUUAUCUUGGAAAUAUAAAUGAACAAAUAUCAGAAGUGUGCGAUUCGUUAUCGAAGGAUGAACAAUUGAAAAAUGGUUACAAUGCUAUUGGGUUCUCACAAGGUGCUCAAUUUUUGAGAGCUGUUAUUCAAAGGUGUCCUAAUCCGCCAGUUAAGAAUUUUAUUUCUUUGGGUGGUCAGCAUCAAGGUGUUUUUGGAUUGCCUAACUGUCAGAGUUUAGGGGCUCUCUGCAAGCGCAUUGCUCAUGCGAUUAAAUAUGGAGCAUAUUUAAGCUAUGUCCAAGAUAAAGUUAUACAGGCUACCUAUUGGCACGAUCCUACUCAGGAAGAGGAGUACAAACGUAGCAGUAUACUCAUGGCUGAUAUUAACAAUGAAUUAGUCAUUAAUGAGACUUACAAGAAUAAUCUUCAAAAAUUAAAUACGAUGGUAUUGGUAAGAUUCGAUAACGAUAGUAUGGUUACACCACGGGAAUCCGAAUGGUUUGGAUUCUUUAAGCCUGGACAAGACCAUUUGAUUCAAACUUUAGAACAGACCGAUUUGUAUCUCCAGGAUCGUUUAGGACUGAAAGCGCUACACGACUCAGGAAAAAUUCACUUUCUCUCAGUCCCUGGGAAUCAUUUACAGUUUACUGAGAAGUGGUUCGUCAAUAAAGUGAUAAACAUGUAUUUGUCGUAACUAAGAUAUAUCAAGAUACACACACACACACAUCCAGAAGAAAAUGCCUUUGUAAUAUAUUUUUCUGUACCGCUUCAUAAAUUUAAGUGUUACAAGCUUUUUAUAUAAGGCCCAUUAGAAACAGCCUUGUUGGAAAUUAGCUAGAAAUCAUGUUUUAUAAUUAUCGUCUUAUAUAGAAAAUGUUUCUAAAGUUUGAGAACACAAGUCUUUCAGAAUUCUUAAUAAAGUGUUCGUUUCGUUAAA